AUGGCUGGACACAGCCUGAGCGACGAUAAAGUACGCACCGCCGACGUCAUGGUGGAUCGAAAUAUGCUAUUCGACCGAAUGUGUCUUUCCGAUCCAGUGAAGCAGGCGCUAGCGCGUAACAACUUCAUAUACCCCUCCCCGAUACAGACUCGAGCCAUUCCGCUUGCCCGGUGUGAUUUCGAUCUGCUCGUGCAAGCGAAAGCUGGCACCGGAAAGACGCUCGUCUUCGCCAUCACGAUCGUCGAGUCGCAUGAUCCGGAGGUAGCUUUCCCACAGUCGCUCACGAUCGUUCCAACCCGGGAGAUUGCGGUACAGGUUGAAACCGUGCUGAAUCGGAUCGGUGCCGAGGUGGCCAAUUUCAAGGCGCGUUCGUUUAUUGGCGGUAUGGAGAUCAGCGUCGAUCGGAAGAACCUACAGAACUGUUCGGCAGUAGUCGGUACGCCGGGACGAAUAUUGCACCUGAUCAAGAGUAACGUGCUAAACACGUCCUACAUCCGCACGCUGGUGAUGGACGAGGCAGACACGCUGCUGCAGUCAAGCAUGCGGGGUGAUAUCAAUAAAAUCGUAAGCGCCCUGCCCGAGAAGCGCCAAACGAUCGUGUGCAGCGCGACGUUCUACAACAACCGCGAUCGGGAGCUACUACAGUACAUGAACGCAAAGUUCAUAGGUGUAACGCCGAAGCGGGAAAUUCCGCUGCUAUUCGGUAUCAAGCAGUUUGUCCGGGAGCUGCCGGCGGAACCCGACAACGUGAAGGAUCUGUUGGCGAAAGUCGGCGUACUGAACGAGAUCUUUCAGCAGAUCAACUUCUCCCAGUGUGUGGUGUUUGCGAACACGAUCGCCAAGGCGGAAACGUACUGUACUUACUUGAAGAAAGCGGGCUGGCCAGCCGAGGUGAUCAACAGUGGCAUGGAGCAGCGCAUCCGCUUGAAGGCGAUCGAUGAUUUCCGUGCGUUCCGAGCGCGUGUGCUCAUUGCGACGAAUCUGAUCGCACGUGGUAUCGACGUUGAGAGCGUUAAUCUUGUUAUCAACGCGGACGUACCGAAGGACAACGCCACCUACCUGCAUCGGAUAGGGCGGGCGGGGCGCUUCGGAACGAAGGGCAUCGCCAUCACACUCGUCUCGGGCGUAAAGGACAUGGAACGGUUCCGACGCAUUCUGCACGAUAUCGGUGGAAACGAGAUGUUCGUGUUGAAGCUACCUCAGGGCCAGCUGGAGGAUGUGUGGCAGUUCGAGCGCUAUGGCGACAAGUACGAAAAGCUGUUUGCCUCGCAGAUGAUACAGGAGAUCCGUGAUAAGGAUGCCGACCAACUUUUCCUAAAGGCGAUGAAGAUGAUCGGUGAGCAGAGCAAUGGCGGCGGUGCUGGAGAACCACCGCGGGCUAACAAUAACGACGAGGUGAAGCUGGAUGACAGUCUGGAGAAAUCGACCUCGGACGAGGAAACGGUCGUCGAGGUGGAUGCACCACGUGCCACGGAAACCCCAGAAGGCAGCGCGUCUAACGGAAAGCCCACAAACGGCCACGCAACUGAGCUGAAUGGAAACGUGUCGCCAGGAAAGCACACUCUUACCUCUCAAUCAACCUCGUCGGCAGUCGUCAUGGAUGGGCUGUCGAUGUCGAUGGAAAAACUAAGCCUCGAUCGCAAACAACAGCCUAACGGUGAUCGUGGCGAGAAGUCGAAACGGCUCGACUCAUUGAACGGCAAUCAAAAGAAAGCAAAUGGCAACGAACGGCACAUCGUGAUGGAUGAGGACGUCGAAGACGAUGAUAGUGACGAUGGCGAAGGGGAUGAAGAUGAUGAUAAUGCACCACGGCCAGGACCAUCGCGGAAUGGAAUCGCAAAAACCGCCCCAUUAGCGUCUGCGUUAAGGGGCAGCUUGUCGACUCCCGUUCCCGAUGCCGACGGGACGCAACAGUUGCUGCUGCUGAACGGUGGCACCAUCACGACCAUCGUCACCACGAACGGAGGCGAUGAAUCGGAUCACGAAAGCAGCUCUUCGCUCAGCACCAACGUCACAGAGAAGGUGGAAGUGGGCUCGGAUUUCAACGCGCCCAUGUCGCGGCUAAACCAGAUCCCAGAUCCACGGUUCCGGCAGAUUGGUUCUGUUGAUUGCUCAGAUAUCGAUCACAGUUCAGACAGUGAGGUGAACGGCGGCGAAUGUCCCCCGUUCGAGGCCAACAACGAUGCGCUGUUUGCGAAGAUCAUGGAGCAGAAGGAGCUGGGAGUGGAACAGCAGGAACACCAAGUGCAGCUGCACUCGAUCGAUGGGUGCAGUCUGGAAGUGCACGAUGAUACUAUUAGCGACUGGGGAACGACACGUAAGAGCAUCGUACCGGACGUGGUUCCGUGUGGCAGUUCCCACGGUGCCUCACGUCUGCUCGGUGCUAACCGGGGAGCACUGGCCGAGGAGGUAGGCGAGGAAGAGGAAGAAAUCGAACUGAACUCGAACACGUGUGGCUCGAACAGGGGAUCGCUCUUCGAGGAGGAAGUGGAGGAUGUCAUUCAGGCGAACUUGCCGAACCGGAUCCGCUUCCAGCAGCAGGAUUCGCUCGAAGUAAACUCAAACACGGUUGGUUCAAACGUCGGAUCGACGCCUGAACCGCCCGAGAUGCUCGACCAGCAGGCGCUCCCGAUCAUCAAUCCAAACGAAGCGGAUCCGAUCGGUCCGAUUGGGCCGGAAUGUGCAUCCCACGACGUGGACGAUAUGAUGGACGACGCGAGUUCGUACUCGUCGUACGACAGCGAUGCGUCCAAUUCGUCCUUCUUCGAUGAUGUCGACCGCGUGUCGGUUGCUUCGGCCAAAUCCACGCCCAAAGAGAACGAACCGCUUGCGGUUGCCGACGCGAUUAUGGUGGUGGUCGCUACCGGCCAAACCGGAAGCCUGGAACAGAUCGAUCCCGUCACUUCGAACUCGGUUUCGGUGGCCGCUUCGCCGCAUCUAUUCGCUGCGCCGAGCAUUCCCACACCGCCCAUCAUGGCCAGCACCAUUAUUCCUCCGGUUGGCGCUAUUGGUGGCACUGUACCACCGGUGGCGCCUUCCGCCAUGGACGAAGAGCGUUCGCCACGAUCGCCCGCGUUUAUGGCACGCAUGGAAAACCUUUUGCCACCGUUUCUACCGACCGCUCCGAUCCCGCCCGUCUGGAAUGACGCUCAAGCUACGGCCCUUUACCACCGGACGUACGCCUUGUGGAGCAACCAGUACUGGAAUCAACUGACGCAGAUCAACGAUUACGUGCAGUUUGCGAGCUACGUCCGGCGUAACGCGUACAGGAGUCCAUAAAACGGAUACAGUUCCCAGUUUGAUCUACCCCUUACACAUACCCAGUGAACCGGGGCAUUGCUGGCAGCGAAAUCUCCCACGAUUCGCGCUGUACAGGAUCAAGGGAUAACACAGAAAAGUAAACCGAUUCCUCUACUCCUACUGCUUUCCUGCGCUAUUUAACACGUUAACAAACGAGCACUCGUAGCCCGAUCUUAGAUGCUGAGAAAAGGGAUGUUCCGCGGAUGCACCACGUCAGAUGGGAAGAGGGCGGACAGGGCAAAUCAAAUUUGUGAUCUGAAUGUUGAACAAGCGAACACGUAUUAAAAACACAUACUAAUUCUUGCUGCACGCCCUGCCGCGUAGCAUAUAUAUAUACAUAUUGUAGCGAACAGCUUAGCUAGGUCAGAGGAGAGAUCCAACUCCGGUGUCUAAUCUACUAACCUUUUUUUUAAACAGGGAUGGUAAGAAGAACAGAGCAAAAUUGUGGCCCCAGUAUGCGUCAAUCGUUGGCCACUUAUUAUGUACUCGCAUUCUUGGCGCUUUAACCAAGCAGGGAAGCAAUCAAAAUGGAAAGAAUCUUACUUCUUAAGGACUGGCUCGAAGGAAAGGACGGCUUGUAUAUGUCGUAUCAGUCUCUACGGCAGGGCUCUCGUAUUUGCUUUUAACAAAGAACUAUUCCAUACCGGCGAAUGUGGCCCGCGCGGUCACGAUCAGUGGGUGGGUUGGUGUAUGUGUGUGUGUGUGGAGUGGCAAAAGGAUAGGCUAGCAGCUCGUAGAUAGCUCCUCGCUGGAACUCGAUUGGAAAUGAGGCAGGAAAGGGGCUUCAAAAGCAGUCACAGGCCUAUCGAUGUUUCACUACGCUCUGCUAUGUUAGUUUAAGGGUUUAUAUUAGCAUUAAUUUGAUGUGUAUUUUUCGUUCGUUUUCUGGAUGCAUUCGCUGUAAAGGAGAAAUAAUCAUUAUCGCAUCUUACUACAUGCAAAACAAAGUGCUGAAAAAUAAACCAAUGUAUAUCUAGUU